AUGCGUACUGGGGACGUGCCGAAAGUCACACCCUCAACUGUGUCAGUCUUGGAAAGUCUGAGAACACGGAGGGUGAAAUCACAGAGGAGAGACUCCAGGGACCAGAGGAUUUCUGCUGACAGGAGAGCAGGAGGCAACCGUGAAAAUGUCUCGGACGUGGCUUCACGGGAUGAAAAAGAAGCACGACUUCAACAAACAGCUGCCCGUAACACACGGACAGAAGAAUGCCCCCUUCUGAAUUUAUACCACGAGGAAGGCACCGCCCCUUUCGCGGCUCGGGAACCGGGGAAGACGCCAACGUGGCGGACACCGCCCCGCCCCGCCCCGGACGCGACCACCGUGCUGGUCCUGCAGGACGUGGCCAACCGCCUGCGCACCCAUUCCGAGGGCCACCCCACGUCGUGCUGCAGCGCGGCCGAGGUCGUGUCGGUGCUCUUCUUCCACGCGACGAGCUACGGACAGACAGAGCCGGAGCCUCCGGACAGCGACAGGCUCGUCCUCUCCAGGGGCCUGCUCGGUGCCGCCUGGGCGGAGGCGGGCGGCAUCAGUGAACCCGACCUGCUGAACUUGAGGACCAUUCGCUGUGCCCCGGAGGGACAUCCCACCCCCAGACUGUCGGCUGUCGACGUGGCGACAGGAUCGCUGGCUGGGUUGGGCGCUGCGUGUGGAACGGCUUACGCUGGCGAGUACUGGGCCAGAGCCCGCUACCGGGUGUUCUGCCUGCUGGGCGACGGCGAGGCCUCGCAGGGCUCUGGCCGGGAAGCUUCGGCCUUUGCUGCCCACUACAGUUUGGAUAACCUCGUGGCAGUCUUCCACGUGAACCGCUUGGGACAGAGUGGCGUGCCGCCCCCGAAGCACUGCGCAGACAUCUGUCGGCGUCGCCGCGGAGCCUGUGGGUGGAACACUCGGGUAGCGGUGGAUGGCCAGGACGUGGAGGCCUAGUGCCACGCGUAUUGCCAAGCGACUCGAGUGAAGAGCAAGCCCGCUGCCGUAGUGGCGAAGACCUUUCGGGGCCGGCGUACUCCAGACGUUGAGGAUGCGGAGAACUGGCAUGGAAAGCCGGUGCCGAAAGGAAGAGCAGAUGAAGUCAUCAGACUAACUGAGAGUCAGAUACGGACCAACAGGAACCUCAUACCCCCUGUUGAAGGCUCACCUCCAGUCAGCGUCACAGAUAUAAAAAUGACCUGCCUGCCUGAUUAUAAAGCGGGCGACAAGAUAGCUACUCAGAAAGCAUAUAGUUUGGCUCUGGCUGAACUGGGCCAUGCAGAUGAAAGAGUCAUUGUCCUGGGUGGUGACCCAAAGAACUCCAUCUCUUCUGAGAUAUUCAAGAAAGAACACUCUGAGCGUCUUAUUGAGUGUUUUACCGCGGAACAGAUGGCCUGUGCUACACGUGGUCGAACCGUUGCUUUUGUUAGGACUUCAGCUGCCUUUUUGAGCAGAGCAUUUGAUCAGAUCCGGAAGGUAGCCAUAUCUCAAACCAGUAUCAGUCUUAGUGGUUCCCACUGCGGGGUGUCCGUUGGUGAAGAUGGCCCCUCCCAGAUGGCCCUGGAAGAUCUAGACAUGUUCCGAAGCAUCCCCAGUUGCAGUGUUUUCUAUCCAAGUGACGCCGCCUCGACAGAGCAUGCUGUUUGUCUGGCUGCCAACCCCAAAGGAAUGUGCUUCGUUCGGACCAGCUGGCCGGAAACUGCAGUUAUCUAUAGCCCACAAGAAAAUGUUGAGAUGGGACGGGCCACGGUCAUCCGCCACAGUGUUAAUGACAAAGUCACAGUUAUUGGAGCUGGAGUUACUCUGCCUGAAGCCUUAGCGGCUGCCGAUGCCAUUUCUCAACAGGGUAUUUCUCUCUGUGUCAUUGACCCGUUUACCAUUAAACCCCUGGAUGCUGCGACCAUCAUAUCCAGUGCAAAAGCUACAGGCGGCCGGGUUAUCACGGUGGAGGAUCGCUACCGAGAAGGUGGCAUUGGAGGAGCCGUCUGUGCAGCCGUCUCUGGGGAGCCUGGCAUCCACGUUCAUCAGCUGGCAGUGUCAGGAGUGCCUAAAAAAAGCGGGAAACCUAAUGAAUUGCUGGAUAUGUUUGGAAUCAGUGCUAGACACAUCACAGCAGCUGUGAAAUCCACUUUAAUGAACUCAAAUAGCUGACUUCUUAAAAAGUCAGUCUGUUCACAUUGGUUUUAAAACACUGGUCUCAUUUUAUAUUACAUUCAUGCUUGUUGUGACAAAGCUAUCAUUUAUAUCUAUAGUGUUGGGCCUUUUUUUGUUUUUUAAACAAAACCAUUUAACACCUUUCUUCAUUCGUAAUUCAGAAAUUCAAGUCAACUACCUUUCUCUUAAGCUGUGACUAUAUAUACCAAUGUCACUCUCAUUUUUGAAUCAUUAAAGCAAGUUAUAAUCGUUUAAGUAACAGAAUAGUAAACAAAAGAACCACCUCAUACAAAGUUUGCUGAUAAGACUACAAAUAAUCGACCAGGUUGGGAAUUAACAUAGAGGUAACAGUUCUUUAAAUGUGUGUAAUUUCUUUGUAUAUAAAGAAAAUGUGAAUUUCAUUGUAGACUUCAGUAGCCUAGGUUUUGAAGCAAGUUGGAGCUUUCACGUAAUGGCAUCCUACCUGCAGCUUCCUGGAUAAUGUUUGACUGCAGUUCCCUGGGCAUUUCCUUGGAAGUUUGCCUUCAUUUCUCCUCUGCAGUUUAGAGGCUGAAGGACAGCAGUGAAAGCUCUUAUGAUGUACCGUGCUGUUUGCAGAGACUGUUCUGUAAAGAGAUGAAAGCCUGACUAGUUCUAGUUUGCACACUACACUGUUUUGUGAGGUUUCAGAAACGUUUCAUUUUCUCAGUGACCAAACCAGGUCGCUAACUUGAUUAUAUUCAUCUACUAAGGAAACUAGAGUCAGUGAAAUAAAGUAUUUAAAAACCAAUAGCUUUAUUCAGCUUGUGCCACGUAUGUGUGACUUGGUUUCUCUCUGAUAAAGAAAAACCUUCUAUCUAAACCAGAAGCAGAAAGAGUCAUGUCCCUCAACAGUAAUCCUGGGAAAAGGUCCGAGCUGGAGACAAAUCACUGGAAAACAAUGUGUGGGCUGAAGCAGGGCCCCUUGCUUUUCGCUGUGAGUACGUAGAUUAUGUGGCUGGAAUACAAGAACAAAGUACCAGUCAGGUAAAUCAAACACGGACCCAAGGUUCAAAAGUAAGUUUAAAAUUACUUUUUGUCAGGUAAUUAGCUCCUUAGUUUUAUUACCUCCACUAAGGUGCCCUCAUUAAGUUCUUUGGAGACAUAACCAAUUUGUCGCAGAGUCAUUGUUCUAGAAGGUAUUGCAGAGACCAAAAGUUGCCAACUGGGGAAUCAGAGAAGUUGGGGCCUGCUCAGGAUGGUAGUAGUGAUGUCUGUCCUUUUUCUCUGAGCUGGUUCUGGGUUCUCCUUUUGAAAAUUGAUCAUGAUAAUUGCUCUGUUUAUUUCCUAAGAUUUAAAAAUUAUUUUGUAAAAAUAAAAACAGUUGCUAUAGGAUUAUUGUAGAAAUUUAGAAAAUACAAAUGCACAAAAAAUUUUACCUCAUUUGUCUCACAGACACACAAAAAAAUCCAUUUAUAGCCUGUGAUCUCUAACUGUAGAUCUUCCAAUAUGGUCAUUCCCAUCUAGUAACAUCAAUCAAAUACAUCUGUGAGUGGGUUGCUAUUGAAUAACAGUUCUUCAUCCUUAAAGUUUUCAAACCUGAGUAUUGAUGCAGAAACAGAGUAAAAUAGAUAAAAUACCAGCACAAAAUUACUUGUCCUAACUUGAGGGUGUAUACUAGGAAAGGGCUUCAGCUUUUAUGGCUUGUAACUUGAAUGUGGGGUGCAAGAUGGUCUGUUUGCAAUCAAACAUGCAUAGACACACCUUUAAUAAUGACAGCCGAUCAGGGUUUGCUUUUUUUUUUAAUGACUAAUGGAAUCUCAGAGAGGAACAAAAAUGUUUUUUGUAGGAGGGUGGGGAAGCCCUUAAUCUCUCCUGUAAAGGUUCUGUUCCACGGGGCGUCAAUCCGUGGCUAUCAGGUGCAGAGAAAAGAAACAGGAGGUGAGACUUCUUACCUUGUGUCUACAAUUCUUCAAGUAAGAUGGAGUCAGAUCCAGUUGUGUUGUAUUGAAUAUUCUCUAGCUUUGAAUCAGUCUGGAGAUCUUGUAAGUGUCCAUGGAAAUCAGAGAGUCAUCCUGACUGAUGCUAAUCCUUGACCACUAAAGCUUGUGAAGAUGCAGUUUUGAUUUGGAUGAACACCUUGUCCCUGGGUUAACUCAGGUCUCCUAUUCAUUGUUUUGCCUAGAAGAAUGUCAUCUAGAUUAUCAAGAAAGCUUGAUGACAUUCCAGAGACAGCUAUGACUACAACGGCUGCCUUGCUUAUGGUUUUGCUAGCAAAGACCAGCAAGCAGUCAUGGAGAGUAUCGCUGGUCAUUCAGAUGGUGAAUGGCUCUCAGGUUAUUCCCUGAUUUCUAUGACUCUUAGAGAUAGCAAAAGAAGAAAUCAGGACAUUAAACUUUUAUUUUACUUUAUCUAAAUACAUCAAUGGCUCUUAAGCCACCUGGAAGGUCAAUUGAGGGACCCAUUUGGGAAAAUAAUUUUUUUAAAAAAGUAAAUUGUUCAAUGCUUCUGAUGUCUAAAUUAUGUAACAAUAAUGCACGGUAUUGAUAGAGAUUUAACAUCCCCAAGUUUACUGAACUCUGCAGGAAUUACUACAUACUCCAAGGCCCAAUCGGGGGUGCGGGGGGGAGCCGAUGAGAAGUAUUGAUCUAUUUUGGUGGCCAUUACUAUGGUGAUAUGUAAGGGAGGUCCUGGGAUAUUGUUGUGACAGGAGUGUAUUGUUCUUAGAAACUAUCAUCUCCUCCAACUUUCCCAGUCCCUUCACUAAUGGGGGUGGGGGAGAGUUUCCCUGAGAGAAUUGCUUACAAGGUUUGGGGUUAAUUCCCAGGAGGUAUUUCCUUGCAAGACUGGGUGUUGGUUUAGACAUGGGCUUGCUUCCCUGACCUUAGAGAUGCAGGGAUGGGGAAGAGCAGGGGGUAGCAAACACCAGCAGGCAAUAUCCAUUUGCCUUCUGUUUUUGUGUGACUGCAAGCAACGAAUGACUUCACAGUUGUAAAUGGUUGAAAAGAUUUUUUAAAGAGUGGUAUUUCAUGAUACG